AUGGGCUGCAGGCAAGUGAAGGCGCGUCACAGCUCCGCGACGCCGACGGGACUGGCGCCGGUGACGAGGCGGGAGUCGGCGCGGCAGGGUCUUGGUUCACACAGAGAUGCAGCACCCCUUCUUCUCCCCGGGAGCGGGGAGGCGGUAUCACAGGAGGACGGGGUGGCGACUCACAGCGGCGGCAGCGGCAGCGCGGCGGCCUUCUCCGCCGUAUCGCCGUUGUCGUUGACGUCGUUGUCGUUGACAAUAGUGGUGCGCGUGGAAUCCACAAUGGAGAGGGUCGUGACGGGGGAAGAGGCGGCGGCCGUAGACAAGGGGGUGAAGGGACCCGUGUCCGUGGGCGGCGUCUUGGAAGAGGCUCCAACACCCAUCGUUGGUUUUGCAGCCGCGGGGUCUUCCACCCCGCAGCCGUCGUGGACGCAAGGGAAACAGCAAAGAAACAGGGACGGAGCUGUGGUAUCAUCGAGCGGCGAGUGGGUCCACACGAUGAGGCGGAGCAAGAGCUGCACCUUGAACAGCGAGGAGCUCGUGUCGGUGUGUGUGUCGAACACCACCGUCUCCUCCCCGCUUUUGUUUGCAUAG